UUAGAAAAAAAAAUUAAAGCCCGAUCCCAAAAGUUGGACAGAAAACCCUAAGCUCUCGCGCGGCCUCCAUCUCACUCGAACUCGCCUUCAUUCUGAACUCACCCCAAACUGGAUCUCCUCCCAAACCCUACCUCCAUCUCCUCCCUUCCUUCCUUCAUCUACGUCCUCAGCUUCUUCGGCAUCAACUCCGUCCAGUCCGGCAUCGACUCUGUCCAGUCCGUCCUCAGCUUAUUCAUCGAAGCAUUUCUAAACAGCGCCGUUCCGUCUUAGCCUCUAGAAUCGAAGCAAGAGAGCGGCGGCCAGUCGGCGAGACUCACUUCAGAGAACGACUCUGUUGUGGGAUUCAAAGGAUUUGCCUGUCGAAGGAUUCUAGGAGUCGCCGGUCGGAGACGAAGUAAUCUUAGUGCGUAUUGUUCUAGUUCUAUAUAUGUAAAUGAUAGAGUCAAUUUCAGUCGUUUUACUUGUUGAUGGUAUCAGGCUUGUGGGAGAUUUGUUGUGUUUAUGAAUAGGCUUCUCAGCUUAUUCAUAGCUUUUGUUCGUUCAUAUGGAUUUGAUUUCAGUCUUUUUAGCUCUUGAUUGUUCGUUGUGGUUCAUUGUUCUUCUUUAGCUUGUGAGUGAUUGCAUUUGGGGAGUUGAGCAUCGACAAGCAGGUCAUUUACUCGAGCCCCUCUUUUUAUUUUUUGCUCUUCCAUGUUUUCAUUUGUGAAGUUUGUUUGAUUUUGGGCGAAAACAUAGAGGACCUACAUAGAUUUCCUGGCUUGUAGCCGUUGCAGCCUUAAACCGCUAAGUCGGGGUUUUAAGGCAAAAGAAACCCAACCUUGUCUAGAGGUUAGAGACGGCGGGACUGUGGCAGGAGACGAAGGGCUGCUCUGAAAUUUCCGAUUCCUCGAAAUAAGAUGGAGCAAUAAGCAAUGUCAAGCAUUCCCCAAAUUGCAGAUAACUGAAAUUUCAAAGCUUUCGUCUUCAAAUCUGAUCUCAAUCAGUAGAGAAUUGGGGAUUUGAUUUUCCAAUUUUGGGUGCGAAAAGGUGGACCAGAAAGAGAAGAUAAGGUCUCUUUGGAGCUGACAGAGGAGAUUCUCCGAAGCAUGGAAGUUGGGCUGGCUUUCAGGGACUACGUUACUUGAUAGAAAAGAUUGAAUUUGAAAAUCUACUUCACAAAGCUUCAGUGUCUUUUUGUGCAACUCGAGUUGCUUCUUCAGGCCAUGGCGGGUAUUCGUAUCUCUUGGAGCCUCUGUGCUGGUUGGGAUUGAUUACGAGUAAGUUUCUUCUGACCAAGUUUUAUUUUGACAUUUUUGGACUAAGUUAUGAUCUUGUUUGGCCAACAUUGUGAUCUGUUUUGGGUGUUGCAUUGUUAUUGAGAUGGGCACUUGCUCCCCGUUGGUUGUAGCAAGCUCGUUCAAGCUUCCAUGUCGUUGAUCCCCAGAACCACACUCACACUCACACUCACACUCCCCAGAACACUCCUCGCCCUUCGAUCCUUCUCCUGCAAAAUGUCAUCCGACCCGCCACUGUUGACUCACUCCCUCACUCUCCCGAGUCAACUCGCCGCCGAGCCCGUCCAGAUCGUCGCCGCCCCCCACAUCUCCUCCUCCCAGUUCAGGAGCGCUAUUGAUUCGUCUUUGUUUAAGCAGUGGCUGAAGAACAUGGAGAGUGAAACUGGGAUUCUACGCGACGGUUCUUUGGCUCUGAAACGAGUUCUAAUUCAGGGUGUGGAUAUGUUUGGAAAGAGGAUUGGGUUUCUGAAGUUUGAAGCAGAUGUGAUUGAUAAAGAAACAGGGGAAAAGGUUCCAGGUAUUGUGUUUGCACGCGGACCGGCUGUAGCUGUGCUUAUACUUUUGGAAUCGGAGGGCAAGGCUUAUGCUAUUCUUACUGAACAGGUUAGAGUACCUGUUGGAAGGAUCAUACUGGAGUUGCCUGCUGGAAUGUUGGAUGAUGACAAGGGUGAUUUUCUCGGCACCGCAAUCCGUGAGGUGGAAGAAGAGACUGGCAUAUGCCUAAAACAAGAAGACUAAUCAACUCUUGUAAUGAUUAUAUUCAGUUUUGUAGCCUUGAGUUACGUCUUCUUAAUUUUUCACAUUUACAGACUAAUCAACUCUUGUAACGAACAAGUAGUAUGUGUUUUAUUCCAACAUUGGUAGGUAAGCUGGAUUUCAGGAUCCUCAUUUCAAGAGCAUUGUUCAGUUAUGUUGUUCAUUUGUAAACACUUGACAGCUACUUGUGUCAUUUUAUGCUUGAACUUUGGUAAGACCUGUUAUGCUAAUUUGUUCCUCUGUUUUGUAUAUCCAGAGCAGGACAUUUUGAACCUCCCUACCUUGUAUUUGCUUUAUUCUAAAUCUUUCAACCUGCUUCACUUCUCCAAUUGUUUCUCUAGCUUGUUUUGAACAAAUCUCAAAAACCUUUGUUCUUAUCUUUUUAAGAUAAAAUUUGCAUUGCUUCUGUGUUAUCAUGUAAAGUUGGAAUAGAUAUCUAGAAGGGAAAUUUGUAAUGUUUUUGUCUGUUUCUCCUUUGGUUAUUGUCACAGUGGCCCAAGCAGAGCUAGUAUAUGCACCACACCAUUGCAUUCCCACUUGGUUAAUGUGGGGUUUGCUAAAGUGUAGCAUCUUCCAUAUAACAGGAAAGUGACUAACUCAUUGAUUGAUCUGGGAGUCACUAAGACUCACACCAAACCACAUGUUCAAGAUAUAAAGUCACUAAACUACAUCAAUUUAGGUCAUAGGGAAGCGAGAGAUUGCUCUUUUUUGAGCUCUCUGUUUGAUUACUCAUAAAGUUGGUGCUUCUGCAGUUGUAGCAUCUUUGGUUCUUCAAGGAGUUAUCCGUGGUUUUAAGGAUACAAAAACUCAUCUUAUCCAAGUUUUGUGUCCCUUUGUGCAUGAACAGUCAUUUUCAAAAGAUAACCAGUUGUUUAAGUGUUAAGUUGUCUGCUGCCUGUUAUUAACUGAUAAGCUGUAUGAAGUUAUAGCUUAUAAUAUACCUUCAUUUCAUGGUCAAUCCUUUGAGGAGUUGUAUUAUUGGCAUGCAAGUGCUAUUAGCUCAGUUACAGCCAUUCAAUUUUUCAGAUUAUACAAGUUCUGAUUGAAAUCUUAUUGCAAGUCUAAGAGUUUAGAGUA